AUGUUUCUAGUCUUUUUUGUCUUCACCACCAUCUUUUUCUUGUCCCUUAUAUUCAACAUCUACCUGUUCUUUGUGAUUUUCGCACAACCUGACAAAAAUAAACUUCCCACUGUUUACAUUUAUAAUAUGAUACUGAGUAGUUCUGUGGAUAUUGUGAUCAUGUUUUUGACAUUUUUGAUGCCAAUGGCAAUGGAUGAUGGUCCUUAUUAUGAGUUUCGGAGAUCCAUCGGUCAGUUUUUAACAAUAAAUUGCACAUUUUUCUACGAGCAUCCUUUGUAUCUCACUUUGCUAAUGAUCAUUCAAAGAAUCUAUGCAGUUUUUCGACCAUUCAAUAGACAUUUCACCAAUGAAAAGCUGUGGUUGUAUUGUGGAAUUAUGGCGAUUUUCUCCUGGAUAUCCCUUCUGAUUCCUUAUUUCUCCGAUUGUCCAGUAAAUAUAGACCAAAGGAGAUACACGUUUGCAGUCGAUUGUGCUGAACGUCAUCCGAUCACACUAUUUCAAAAUCGAUACUUGAUUGUUCUACCGUUCACAACGAUGCUAUUAAAUAUCUCUCUAAUUUUUUAUCUGACUCUUCAGAAAAGAUUAGUGCUGAGCAGUUCAGUAGGGAAUAGCACAACGUCUGUCACAGUGAAUCGCCCGAUUUUUCAACGAUCCAAACAAAGAAAAAGUUUCGAAAAGAUGCUGCUUUUCCAGUCGGUUUCCACAACUGCUUUUUUGUUGUUGUACGAAGUUAGCAGCUUCUUCAUUCGAAACUUUUCGAAAGAGUACAGUCAGCUUUCCGAAGACCUUCGAAUGUGGAUAUUCUACAUAAGAUUGACGCCAACAGCACUAUUCUGUUUUCUGAUCUAUUACAUUGGGACGCCUUCUAUUCGACGUCUUCUAAUUGAGAGAACUAAAUUGUUGUAUAAAGGAAGUUAUGAGGCAACAACGGUUAUUCAGAUGUGA